UUGUCCCCGCCCAUGUCCAUCACAGAGCUUCCUGCUUCUUAAUACGAGUGAAUUUGUUUUGCGUGCGUUCGAAGUGUAUAAACUGCAAGAUGGCCAUAUAAAAGUAUUUCAGUGGGACGGGCUUGGUGAUGGGCAGGGCCUCUGACCAGCAGUAGCAGUGUACUUUGUACCGGGAGAUCACGACCUUGAAUCAUGUCUGGAGCUGCUGAUCGCACCAGGAGGCCACGUCCCCAAAAGAUGUACAUGGUGGAGUCUGAACAUAGGGUACAGGACCAGCUGGAAGGCACCAUCCGGCUGGCACGGGGGAGUCUGUGUGUGAUGCAGGAGGGCGGAGCCAGGAGGAGCAGGAAGGGGGACCAGUUGUGGGUGAAGGUGCUGGACUCUGGCUCGUUGGUGAAGCUGGACAGGCAGGUGUUGCUGGAGGUGCCCGCUGACCUUGCGGGCCUGCUGGAGCCCGUGUCAGACCCAGAGGCCCGUUUCCAGCUGUUCGUCAGACCCCAGCAGCUGCAGCGAUUCGCUGCCCUGCCUCUGGGGGCGGAGCUGUGUGUAAAGAUGGGCCAAUCGGGGGAGCUGGCGCCGGCGGUUCUGCGGUACCAGGGGACGCUGGCCACCGGCAGCACUGCCGUGUAUUUCGGGGUCCAGUUGAAGGGCUGGGCUGCUGGGCGGGGGAACAGUAAUGGCUCCUAUAAGGGUCACCAGCUGUUCCACUGCCCAGAGGCGUGUGCUGUGUUCGUAGCGGCUAGUCGCCUCGUGCUGCGGUCGCCAUCCCACGCCAGCAACAUAGGAAGAGAGGCAGGGGGUAACCAUGGAAACGGCCAGAGUCCCAUUCUGCCCCGAACUGCAGACUCCGCCCCCAGCCCCACCCCUGUGCUGCAGGACGGGUCAGUGGGGUCCUGCGAUGGCUGGUUUAAGGAGCAGAAGCCGGGCCCAGGGCCCUCAUCUCAACCUGCCCCCCUGUCCCCUGCCUCCAAGGUAUCUCCAGAACAAAGACCUCCGAACCACCGACUCAAUAUUAACCCUUCCCACAAUUCUUCACCUCCACUGGUCAGCAUGCCCCAGGCCCCGCCCUCCCCUACCACUACCAACCAAUCCCGACGCUCACAUCGUCCGCCACCUCCUGUGUCUCCCUCUAAGACCGGGCUGGAAGUGGGCGGUGACUGUGCAGAGGAGGCGGUGCUUGAGAUGGAAUUGGAGGUGGGAUCAAUGGUGGAGGUGAAGGACCCGCCCCUGUACGGGGUGAUCCGCUGGAUUGGCCAAAUCAACGGCAUCCCUGAGCAUGUGGCAGGACUGGAGCUGGACCAGGAGCUGGCUGCAGCUACAGAUGGCAGUUACCGUGGAGAACGUUACUUCCGUUGCCCUGCCAACAAGGGGCUUUUCGUCAAACUGCGGAACUGUAGAAGGGACUCCCGCUUCCCUGCCCCCGAGACACCAGCCAAUCAGGUGGAGCGCUGCAACUCCAUAGCGUUUGCGGAGUGGGUGAGUGAGCGGGUGGAGGAGCACACCCCGCCCUUAUUUGGGGACGAGGCGAGCGAGCGCUACAGCGGGAGGAAGCGAGGGAUUCAAGGUCACCUCAACUCCUGCUACCUGGACGCCUCCCUGUUCAGUGCGUUCUCCUGCUGUAGUUCUCUGGAUUGGGUGCUGUUUUGCCCCUCUCGGCCACAGGAUGGCCCGAACCGCAGCCGUACCCAGGACCUGCUCCGAUGCGACAUCGUCAACCCACUGCGCAGGUAUGGGUAUGUGUGUGCCAGUAAGACAAUGGCUCUACGGAAACUUCUGGAAGCAGAGAGCCGUGACACUGGAUUCACCUACCAGGAGAAAGACCCAGAGGAAUUCCUCAAUAACCUGUUCCAGCUGCUCAGAGUGGAGCCACUUCUGAAGAUAAGGUCAGGCAGUCUCCAGACUCAGGAAUGUCACCUGUACCAGCUGUUCCCUCCCUCAGCCCCACCCUCCUCCCCAAGCCCCUCCCCCCGGGGUGCCUGCCUCAGAGUCUCCACAGUGCAGGCCCUGCUGGAAACCUCUUUCCACCACGCUGGGCUAAAGUUUGCAGAGGCUCCCUCCUGCCUGCCCCUGCUCAUGCCCAGGUUUGGGAAGGACUAUAAGAUGUAUGACGCCAUCAUCCCCUCUCUCUGCCUGGACAUCACUGACCUGCUGGACCACACUCUCAGGCAGUGCAGUAUCUGUCAGUCUGUGGCAGAGUGGGAGUGUAAUCUGUGCUACAAGGACCCUGAUAUCACACCUGGCUGUCUCAAACAGUACUGUCACACCUGUAACACACAGGUACACAGUCAUAGAAAGCGUGUAUCACACAGGCCAGAGCGACUGAGCGUGCCUGAAGGCCCGUGGGCGGGAUCAGUGCAUGGCACUCGCCAGCGAUUGGUUCUCUUUGCUGUCACAUGCAUCCAGACCAGCCACUAUGUGAGCUUUGUGAAACAUGGACCCCUCCCCACUGACUGGCUGUUUUUUGACAGCAUGGCUGACAGGGAAGGUGGAGAGAAUGGAUUCAACGUGCCGCAGGUGACGGCGUGUCCUGAGGUGAGCCGCUACCUGAGCUUAUCGGAGCAGGAGCUUGGGAACCUGGACCCCGCCCGUCUCCAUGGCGCCGCCCGCCGGCUGCUUUGUGAUGCCUACAUGUGUCUCUACCACUGCCCUCAGCUCAGCCUGUACAAGUGACUCACACACACACACACACGCACUCACACGCGUAAACACACACACUCACACGCAAACACACAAACACACACU